UGCGAGGCCGAGGCGAGUGACCGUCCGUCCGCCCGGCGGCCUCCUCCUCCGGGACCCCGACGUGAUCAAGAUUUGGACCUUUCCCACAUUUGAAGAUGGUGAAACUGGAUAUUCAUACUUUGGCCCACCACCUCAAGCAGGAGCGCUUGUACGUCAACUCAGAGAAGCAGCUCAUUCAAAGGCUUAAUGCAGAUGUACUUAAGACUGCCGAAAAGUUGUAUCGGACUGCAUGGAUUGCUAAGCAACAGAGGAUUAAUUUGGAUCGGCUUAUUAUAACCAGUGCGGAAGCUUCCCCUGCUGAAUGUUGCCAGCAUGCCAAGGUCUUGGAAGACACGCAGUUUGUUGAUGGCUAUAAGCAACUGGGCUUCCAGGAGACCGCAUAUGGAGAGUUCCUCAGCCGAUUAAGGGAAAACCCUCGUCUCAUUGCCUCCUCGUUGGUCGCCGGAGAGAAACUUAAUCAGGAGAACACACAAAGUGUCAUUUACACAGUUUUUACCUCUCUCUACGGGAACUGCAUUAUGCAAGAAGAUGAAAGCUACCUCCUUCAGGUUUUGAGAUACUUGAUUGAAUUUGAGCUUAAGGAAAGUGACAACCCGAGGCGACUCUUGAGGAGAGGGACUUGCGCCUUCAGCAUCUUGUUUAAGCUUUUCUCGGAAGGACUCUUUUCGGCCAAGCUUUUUCUCACGGCUACUUUACACGAGCCAAUCAUGCAGUUGCUGGUGGAAGAUGAAGAUCACCUGGAGACAGAUCCCAACAAGCUCAUUGAGAGGUUCUCCCCGGCGCAGCAGGAGAAGCACUUUGGAGAGAAAGGCUCGGAUCGGUUCAGGCAGAAGGUUCAAGAGAUGGUGGAUUCCAACGAGGCCAAGCUCGUGGCCUUGGUGAACAAAUUUAUUGGCUAUCUCAAGCAGAACACGUACUGUUUUCCGCAUAGUCUGAGGUGGAUCGUGUCGCAGAUGUACAAAACCCUUUCCUGUGUGGACCGGCUGGAAGUGGGGGAGGUCAGGGCGAUGUGCACUGACCUCCUGUUGGCCUGCUUCAUUUGUCCUGCAGUUGUCAACCCGGAGCAGUACGGCAUCAUUUCUGACGCUCCCAUUAACGAGGUGGCAAGAUUUAACCUGAUGCAGGUUGGCCGCCUUCUGCAGCAGCUGGCGAUGACUGGCUCUGAGGAGGGAGAUCCUCGGACGAAGAGCAGCCUGGGGAAAUUUGACAAGGGCUGCGUUGCUGCUUUCCUAGAUGCUGUCAUCGGGGGCCGUGCGGUGGAGACCCCUCCCCUGUCUUCUGUCAACCUUCUGGAAGGGUUGAGCAGAACUGUGGUGUAUAUGACCUACAGUCAGCUUCUCACUCUGGUGAAUUUUAUGAAGAGUGUGAUGUCCGGAGAUCAGCUGAGAGAAGAUAGAAUGGCUCUUGAAAAUCUCUUGUCAAAUCUACCCCAGGCCAAGCUGGGGGCCAUCGGCAGUCUGGAAAUGACCCCCUAUAGUACCCCUCAACUCUCUCCAGCAACAACUCCAGCAAAUAAAAAGAACCGAUUGCCUAUAGGACAACACUUAGCAGCCAUCACUGCUUGGGAGUCCUCAGCCACCAACCUUACAGCUCAUAUCACUCUAGUAGCCCCAUUUGCAACUCGGAGCAGAAGUCGCACGAAUGUUCUUAUGGACUUACAUAUGGACCAUGAAGGAUCGUCUCAAGAAACCAUCCAGGAGGUGCAGCCGGAAGAAGUACUGGUCAUUUCCUUAGGAACGGGCCCACAGCUUACCCCAGGGAUGAUGUCAGAAACUGAGGUCCUAAACAUGCAGCUUUCGGAUGGAGGACAAGGAGAUGUCCCUGUCGAUGAGAACAAACUCCACGGUAAACCUGAUAAAACCUUGCGCUUUUCCCUCUGCAGUGAUAAUCUGGAAGGAAUAUCUGAAGGUCCGUCCAAUCGAUCCAACUCAGUAUCUUCUUUAGACCUGGAAGGAGAGUCUGUGUCAGAACUCGGAGCUGGACCUUCUGGGAGUAACGGAGUCGAAGCUCUACAGCUGUUAGAACAUGAGCAAGCUACAACACAAGAUAAUCUGGAUGAUAAACUAAGGAAGUUUGAGAUCCGGGACAUGAUGGGACUGACAGAUGAUAGGGAUAUAUCGGAGACGGUGAGCGAAACCUGGAGCACAGAUGUCUUGGGAAGUGAUUUUGACCCUAACAUUGAUGAAGAUCGUUUGCAAGAAAUUGCAGGGGCAGCAGCAGAGAACAUGCUGGGCAGUCUACUGUGCCUGCCAGGUUCCAGCUCACUGCUUCUGGACCCCUGCACUGGCUCAACCAUCUCAGAGACAACAAGUGAAGCGUGGAGCGUAGAGGUAUUGCCAAGUGACUCAGAGGCCCCGGAUCUGAAGCAGGAGGAGCGCCUGCAGGAGCUGGAGAGCUGUUCUGGCCUGGGCAGCACCUCUGACGACACGGACGUCAGGGAGGUCAGUUCCCGCCCCAGCACGCCAGGCCUCAGUGUUGUGUCGGGCAUAAGUGCAACUUCUGAGGAUAUCCCCAAUAAGAUUGAAGACCUGAGAUCUGAGUGCAGCUCUGAUUUUGGAGGCAAAGACUCUGUCACUAGCCCGGACAUGGAUGAAGUAGCUCAUGGUGCCCACCCACUGACCUCGCCUCCUUCUCAGUCCGAGUCCCUGCUUGCCAUGUUUGACCCCCUGUCUUCACAUGAAGGGGCUGCGGCUGUGGUACGGCCGAAGGUUCACUACGCCCGGCCAUCACAUCCACCACCAGACCCCCCAAUUCUGGAAGGAGCUGUGGGGGGCAAUGAGGCCAGGUUGCCCAACUUUGGUUCCCAUGUCUUAACUCCGGCUGAAAUGGAGGCCUUUAGGCAAAGACACUCUUACCCCGAGAGAUUGGUUCGGAGCAGGAGUUCGGACAUCGUGUCUUCUGCCCGCCGCCCCAUGAGUGACCCCAGCUGGAACCGGCGUCCAGGGAAUGAGGAGCGAGAGCUCCCCUCAGCCACAGUUGCCGGGGCGUCCAUGGGGGCCACGCCUCACUCAUCGUCGUCGUCCCCGAGCAAGGACUCCUCGAGAGGAGAGACUGAAGAGCGCAAGGAUAGUGAUGAUGAGAAAUCAGACAGGAACAGACCUUGGUGGAGAAAACGUUUUGUUUCAGCAAUGCCUAAAGCUCCUAUACCAUUUAGAAAGAAAGAAAAACAAGAAAAAGACAAAGAUGAUCUGGGGCCUGACAGAUUCUCAACACUCACAGAUGACCCCAGCCCGAGGCUUAGUGCACAAGCUCAGGUCGCGGAGGACAUUCUGGACAAGUACAGAAACGCCAUCAAACGCACCAGCCCCAGUGAAGGAGCGUUGGCAAACUAUGAAAGCGCAGAGGUCAUGGGAGAUGGCGAGAGUGCACACGAUUCUCCCCGAGACGAGGGACUGCAGAACCUGUCUGCUGAUGACUUGCCGGAUUCUGCCAGCCAAGCGGCACAGCCCCAGGACUCGGCCUUCUCUUACCGAGAUGCCAAAAAGAAGCUGAGGCUGGCUCUUUGCUCUGCGGACUCAGUGGCUUUCCCAGUGCUCACCCAUUCAACGAGGAACGGCUUACCAGACCACACGGACCCAGAAGACAAUGAAAUUGUAUGUUUCUUAAAAGUUCAAAUAGCAGAGGCCAUUAAUUUACAAGAUAAGAACCUAAUGGCGCAACUCCAGGAAACCAUGCGCUGCGUGUGCCGCUUUGACAACAGGACCUGCAGGAAGCUGCUGGCGUCCAUCGCUGAGGACUACAGGAAAAGGGCGCCCUACAUUGCUUAUCUCACUCGGUGCCGGCAAGGGCUGCAGACCACGCAGGCUCACCUGGAAAGGCUGCUGCAGAGGGUUUUGCGGGACAAAGAGGUGGCCAAUCGCUACUUCACCACUGUCUGUGUGCGCCUGCUGCUUGAGAGCAAAGAAAAGAAGAUUGGGGAGUUCAUUCAAGACUUCCAGAAACUCACAGCAGCUGACGAUAAGACGGCUCAGGUAGAGGACUUCCUGCAGUUCCUCUACGGCGCCAUGGCCCAGGAUGUCAUUUGGCAGAACGCAAGCGAGGAGCAGCUGCAGGACGCCCAGUUGGCCAUUGAGCGGAGCGUGAUGAACCGCAUUUUCAAGCUCGCCUUCUUCCCUAACCAGGACGGCGACAUUCUUCGUGACCAGGUUCUUCAUGAGCACAUUCAGCGACUGUCUAAAGUCGUGACGGCAAAUCACAGAGCGCUUCAGAUACCAGAGGUUUAUCUUCGGGAGGCGCCGUGGCCAUCGGCACAGUCAGAAAUCAGGACCAUAAGCGCUUACAAGACCCCCCGGGACAAAGUGCAGUGUAUCCUGAGAAUGUGCUCCACCAUCAUGAACCUCCUGAGCCUGGCCAACGAGGAUUCCGUCCCAGGAGCCGAUGACUUUGUCCCUGUGCUGGUCUUUGUGUUAAUCAAGGCAAACCCGCCUUGCUUGCUGUCGACUGUUCAAUAUAUCAGUAGCUUUUAUGCCAGCUGCCUGUCUGGUGAGGAGUCCUACUGGUGGAUGCAGUUCACAGCAGCAGUGGAAUUCAUCAAGACCAUCGACGACCGGAAGUCACCCUGACCCAGGCCCACUAAGGCAGCUGCAGACUUUUAGGCCGGGGCCCAUGUCGGAGAGAAUGUAGCAUCCUGGGAUGGCGGAAGAUUGUUUUUGUACCAUACUGUACAGCGUUCAGACAUUUUAAAACAGAUCUUUACUAAACAGAUUAAUGAGCUAACAAGCAGGUUCUUUUUUCCUUUGGGCUCUUUCUUUUCCAAGUUGCAUCUUUUAUUUUCUUGUCCCCAAGUAGAGACUAGGACUGCAAAAAAAGGGACCACAAUUUUUCAGGUAUUUUGAAAUACUAACAAAAUGAAACCAACAAAAAUAAUAUCUCAUAGAAAAUUCUCAGAUCUGCGUUUCUGGACAACUUGACUUUUAUAUAUUUAAAAAAAGGAUAGGACACCUCUGUUCGGAUGCUGGCUACUCAUAUCUCCAUCUAGUGGGAGGAAAAUGCCAAUUGUACUGAGGAUUAGAAGAGUGAUGACAUUAGUGGCAUUAUCUAUAAAUACAGGCACCUAAAUUGGAAAGUUGAGAAGGAAAUGUAAAUAUAAUAUAUAUUUAUAUCCGAUAUAAUAUGGACAACUUCAGAUUCUAAUAAACAAGGAAUAUUGCUGAUGGUAGGUUGUGACGGA